CGCCACUACCGAGAGGAAUAUCUUUUCUAACUCCUGCCAUACGAUUCCUCGGGGGCUUGGACCUUUGAUUCAAAAGUUCUUCAUCUAUGCCUUGAAAAGAUUCAUUCAUUCAUUCAUUCAUUCAUUCACCACUACCUGGCCGCCCUCCUGCUUGAAGGGUAUAUUGUAACGUCUAAGUUGGAGGAAACCUUCGAUCUGAGAAACAAUUCGACCAAGGUCCACAAAAUGCCAUCCUCAUGCAAAGAACUCCGUACGCCGCCUCACCCGCCUUCACCCCUUUUCAAAGACGCCUUUGAUCUAACACAGACUAACAUACUUCCCCCGGUUACAGGCGAAGCACUCGCUGCAUGUCUCCAGAAAACAGACUGUAUAAUGAUCCAACGCCAUAAACCACUCGAAUGUCUCUCGCCACCCCUUCUCGAUACAUUACCCGCCGAAUGUCAACAACUAAAACGCGGGUUCCGAGAGUGUAAGCGCGGUAUGGUUGAUAUGAGAAAACGAUUUCGCGGUAAUGCGCCAGUUUCCAACAGUGCUGAGCUCGAGGGUGGUGGAUCCGGUGGUCAGCUGUAUGGUGGUAAGCCGGCGUUUGAUGUCGUGGCUUCAAUGAGUAAACAGCAGAGAGGUGAAGUUGAGGGGCUCGGGUUUGAUGAGUCGAAGACUCGUGGGUUGUGAUGAAAAGAGCCGCACCAGACCGAAUUGGACCAUACAUAAACGCCCCUCCUCGACAAGGGCAGCACGCAAGCUGGUCUCCGAGCUUCAAAUCGCCGAAAAAGAACGACAGUCUCCGCCACCAUAUCUACCUACCAUCUUUUACCAUUUCAUGGACCUGCCCACUUGCCCUCGCACUAGGUCUAUGUCGGCGACAUCAACCUUCAACCCAUGGUUCAGCUAUUUCAGGCCCACAGACAGGUGCCUUAGCCCGACAAACCGCUAGCCAUACGAGGGGCCAAAACACGCCCAUGGCGUCCACAAAGCUUUGUUGAAUUAGCAGGCAGCAGCGUGGUGUGUAUCAUUUCAUGCCAUGACAGGGUUUAAUCGGUCACCGCGGCCGAGAAACAGCGAACAGCUGCAUUUCCAAAAACUAACCAAGACGUCCAAGACCUCAACUACCUUGGAACUGGACUGGACUGGAUCUUGAUCUUGAGUCUUAUCUGAGCAUUCGUGGGAGUCGCACAGCUAUGAUAUCCUACUCUCUCCUCUCUACAAAGAGGAUGUAUACAACCGUCAGAUGUGUACUGUACAUACUUACCUACCUACCUUAGGUACCAACUCACAUCUUGUACAACAUGCCAAAAAUAAAAUCAAAAUCGCCAUUAGAACAAUAUAAUAGAUUCUCUACAGAUCCACAUAA